AUGGCUACAACGGGUUCUGUUCAUGAAGCAGAGAGACAGGUGCAAGAGGAGGAAGAGGAGGCGGUGCUGGGGGCGUCUGCCGGAGAUCAGAAGCUGGACUCGCCCAGGACUCCGGGAGCUCUGAGGAGGAAGGUCUGGGAUGAGGACCCCAGGACAGCGCAUCUCAAGUUGCACCCCCUGCAGAACAGGUGGGCUCUGUGGUUCUUCAAGAAUGACCGCAGCCGGGCCUGGCAUGACAACCUGCAACUGGUCACCAAGGUGGACACUGUGGAGGACUUCUGGGCGAUGUACAAUCACAUCCAGCUAGCCAGCAAGCUCUCCAGUGGCUGUGACUAUGCACUGUUCAAGGAUGGCAUCGAGCCCAUGUGGGAAGACAGCCGGAACAAGCGGGGUGGCCGCUGGCUGAUGAGCCUGGCCAAGCAACAGCGCCACAGCGAGCUGGACAGACUGUGGCUGGAGACGCUGCUGUGUCUGAUCGGGGAGAGCUUUGAAGAGCACAGCCGGGAGGUGUGUGGAGCCGUGCUUAACAUCCGCACCAAAGGGGACAAGAUUGCUGUGUGGACCCGGGAGGCUGAGAACCAGGCAGGCGUGCUGCACAUCGGGCGGGUGUACAAGGAACGCCUGGGGCUCUCCGCUAAGACCAUCAUCGGCUACCAGGCGCAUGCUGACACGGCCACCAAGAGCAACUCGCUGGCCAAGAACAAGUUUGUGGUGUGA